CACACACACACACACAAAGAGAAAUUAAAGGCUGCCUGCAAAGCAAGCUAAACCAGGCUCACUCUUCAGUUUCCUGCUUAACAAUCAGGAGGCCAUUUUGUUACUUUUAUGUAUAUAUAUAUAUAUUUUUUUUUCUGAAGUAGUAUUAGAGUGCAACUAACUUUAUUUCUGGACUUCUCUGAGACCAAGAACUGGUGCUUUAUUUAUUUAUUUUGUUUUGUUUUGUUUUGAACAAACUAAAGACUUCAUGUGUUUCAUUUUUUUGUUUGUUUUUUAAAGCUGCUUUUCUCUUGGUAUUCCUGCGUGAAGCCCAGGUUGGCCCCUGGCUCUCCCACACCCCCUGAACUCCUGCCCAGGGUUUAGGGAUGAAUGUGUCAGCCAGUCUCAGCCUCUCUGCAGCCUCUUCCUUACCUAGCCCUAUCUACUUCUCGGCUGGACCCUCCCUGGCUGGCUCUGUGAUGGAGCCACCUGGGGUGUGUGUUGGUCCCGGGUGUUUGGGUGCUGAAUUUGGGGCAGGAGCAGGUGGGCUCAUGUCCCCCUCUAUCGCCACUCCUGCUGGGGUGUCUUUCAUCAUUCAAAUCGGACUUACAAGGGAGUCUGUACUGCUGCCAUUAUCCGCUGACCUGGCUCAUGUCAAGCAACUCGCCUGUUCUAUCGUGGACCAGAAGUUUCCUGAAUGCGGCUUCUAUGGGAUUUACGAUAAGAUCCUGCUGUUCAAACAUGACCCCGGAACAAAUAACAUUCUCCAGCUGGUCAAAACUGUGUCGGACAUCCACGAAGGAGACCUCGUUGAGGUGGUGCUGUCUGCUGCUGCCACGUUUGAGGACUUCCAGAUUCGCCCGCACGCGCUCAAUGUGCACUCGUACCGCGCGCCGGCGUUCUGCGAUCACUGCGGGGAGAUGCUAUUCGGACUGGUGCGGCAGGGGCUCAAGUGUGACGGCUGUGGGCUGAACUACCACAAGCGCUGUGCUUUCAGCAUUCCCAACAACUGUAGUGGAGCACGCAAGAGACGUCUGUCCAGCACGUCCCUGACCAGCACUCCAUCCCUGCGUCUGUCCACUACUGAGUCCAUCACUCCCAUUAUCGCUAUAGAGGACACCAUGCCUCGGACCCCCAGUGAGGUGAGCAAUCAGGCCCGCCGGUUCUACUCCGGACGUCCCAUCCAGCUGGAUAAAAUGCUCCUGUCCAAAGUGAAGGUCCCGCACACCUUUGUCACACACUCUUACACGCGCCCCACUGUCUGUCAGUUCUGCAAGAAGCUUCUCAAGGGCCUGUUCAGACAAGGCUUGCAGUGCAAGGACUGCAAGUUCAACUGUCACAAGCGCUGUGCUUUGAAGGUUCCAAAUGACUGCUUGGGGGAGCCUUUAAUAAACGGGGAUCUGCUGAGCCCCAGUGUGGAUGCUGAGAUGCCGAUGGAGUUUUCCAGCGAGUACAGUGACGGAGACAAGGCCUCUUUCAUGGACGACUCGGAUGAUUCCGGAAUCAUCCCGGGAUCUCACUUCCCAGAGGACAAUCCCAACGGAGCCGGUGGAGUGGAGAGUCCCAUUGGUUACAUUCCUCUGAUGAGGGUGGUGCAGUCGAUACGGCAGACCACACGCAAGUCCAGCGCCACCAUCAAAGAAGGCUGGAUGGUGCAUUACAACAGCAAGGACACACUGCGGAAGCAUCACUACUGGAGGCUCGACUGCAAAUGCCUCAUCCUGUUUCAGAAUGACACGACCAGCAAGUAUUACAAGGAAAUCCCACUAUCAGAGAUUCUGUCUGUUGAGGCUGCGCAGAAUUUCAGUCUGGUCCCCGCAGGAACCAGUCCCCACUGCUUCGAGAUCGUCACCGGCAGCAUGCGCUACUUCGUCGGGGAAGAGCACGUCAUCAGCCCGGGCUCCCCCAAUAGCAUCGUGCCUAACAGCGGAGUGGGCAGGGAGGUAGCCAAAGUCUGGGAGAAUGUCAUUCGCGAGGCCCUCAUGCCAGUCAUCUUCCAGGAUGCACCCACUCCACAAGGACACGCCCCUCACAGACAAGCCUCAGUCAGUAUAUCUGUGUCCAACAGCCAGAUUCAGGAGAACGUGGAUAUUGGAACGGUCUACCAGAUAUUUGCUGAUGAUGUGCUGGGCUCAGGCCAGUUUGGAGUGGUGUACGGAGGGAAACAUCGGAAAACUGGGAGGGACGUGGCGGUGAAGGUUAUCGACAAACUGAGAUUCCCGACCAAACAGGAGAGCCAGCUUAGGAACGAAGUGGCCAUCUUACAGAGCCUGCGUCACUCUGGCAUUGUGAACCUGGAGUGCAUGUUCGAGACUCCGGAGAAGGUCUUCGUUGUCAUGGAGAGGCUACAUGGCGACAUGCUGGAGAUGAUCUUGUCCAGUGAGAGAGGACGUCUUCCUGAGAGACUCACCAAGUUCCUCAUUACACAGAUUCUAGCAGCGCUGAGAAACCUCCACUUCAAGAACAUUGUGCACUGCGACCUCAAGCCAGAAAAUGUCCUGCUGGCCUCGGCUGACCCCUUUCCUCAGGUGAAGCUGUGUGAUUUCGGCUUCGCCCGGAUCAUCGGUGAGAAGUCGUUUCGGCGCUCUGUGGUGGGCACACCUGCGUACCUCGCCCCAGAGGUCCUCCUGAACCAGGGGUACAACCGCUCCCUGGACAUGUGGUCUGUGGGGGUGAUCAUGUAUGUGAGCUUGAGCGGCACCUUCCCUUUCAAUGAGGACGAGGACAUCAAUGACCAGAUCCACAACGCAGCCUUCAUGUAUCCUCCCAACCCAUGGAAAACCAUCUCCCCUGAAGCUAUCGACCUGAUCAACAACCUGCUUCAGGUGAAGAUGAGAAAGCGCUACAGCGUAGACAAGUCCCUCAGUCACACCUGGCUGCAGGACUACCAGACAUGGCUAGACCUACGGGAACUGGAGAGCAAGAUGGGUGGGCGCUACAUCACCCAUGAGAGCGACGACAACCGCUGGCAACAGUUUGCCCAGGACCACACUCUCCCCUACCCAGCGCACCUCAUCGUAGCUCAGCCAGCUUCCAGCGAGGACUCAGACGACAGCGACCUGCACGGCCUUACAGAGAGAGUCAGCAUUCUCUGAAUGCCACGCUUCCACAGGGCACCUGAAUGGAGCUCCUGCAAAUGGAAAAACAGUCGCCCUUUCCCUGCUCUUCUGUAGACCUCGUGCCUCAGGCAGGAGAGACACACAGGCACUCCGAAAACUGUUUCGGGCUGUAUCUGGGACUGCAGUUGUUGCACAAGCUAUUUUGAUAGAUAUGCAGUCGAACUCCUUUAGUCUGGGAAUCAGCUGUGCUGGCAAGAGAUUGCAGUUGAUUUGUAUUGUGGCAGUGUACAGUAAAAGAGUGUUGCACCCAGCCUGCUGCACAGCAAGUCUAAAGUUCACUAUUAACACAUGCUUCCACAGGCUGGUAUGCAAUUCAAAUUGGAAGCCUUAAAAAGUGAUGAUCCCAGAAAAUACUGCCGCCUUUAUUUCAUGUCUUAAAACUCCAUUCACUACAGUAAAAGCAUUCUCAAGCAUUGCCUGGAAAAUGACAGUCCGCAUCCUAUUAAACCCGCAAUACAACCUACCUGGCAACAGACUUUUAACAGUAGUCUGGCAAUCGGAGCUGGAUCAAAUUUAUACUAGUGCAAUAGAAACCUGUUAUUUAUGAUAUUGUAUUGGGUUGCUAAGGCUCUAGCUGUCGUAUCAUUGUAAUUGCAUUCUGUCCUAUAAAGGAUUUUAGUUUUUUCUCAGCAAAUACCAUUGGCUUUCAAGUUUAGGCUCAGACCUGUUUACCCCUUCCUCCACACUGCAUGCAGAAUGGCUGGGGUUGGGUGCUUUGUUGCCUGUCUUUACCCCACUCAGCAGACCCCUUGCUUAGCUAUAUCUUGAGAUCCAUUGAAUUUAGUAGUAUUUCCUUUUUAUUAAGGGACAGCAAUCCACAGCGUUUAGUGCCAAUCUGUCUCACCAGUUACCAUUUAUAUAUGCAGUAUAUAUAUUUAAACAUAGCGCAGAUAUUAAAAUGAAGUCAUGAAGCACCCUAACCAGUACCUGAAAGCAGCACGACAACAUGAUGUCCAUAUCCAGUUUAAUCUCUUACUUUGUACAUGGUCUGUUUGUCUUAAAUUUGAUUAUUAUUUAUAGAUUUUAAUUUGAAAACCCAAAUAUAGUCAAAAAGUACCCAUUCUGUCUAUAAAACACAUUUUAAGUAUAAUUGCAAAUCCAAACAUGAUUCAUUCACUACCAAUGCAGUAUGACUGAAAGAUUUGCUCUAUAUUUUACCACCACAUACACGGUUCUGUUACAGCUAAGCCUGGCACCACAUUCAACCACACCAAGCUUAAACUUAAAGGGAUAACAUUGUGUUUAAUAUUUUAUAAUGUAUCUGAUUAAUAUUGUGAGUAUUCUCUAUCAUUCUCUAAUGUUGUUUUCAUUAUUCACCAGGCUUACUGGCUCUUUAAGCUUCUGAAAAGACUCCUCAACGAUUUUUUGUUUUCUAAAGUGAGGUUGGGAAGCAUUUUAGUGUUGCACAGGAAGGUCCCAGUGCUUCACUGUGCAACACUAAUAUACUUCCCCACUCCCUUCAGAAAAUCACUCUUAGUAUGUUUUUGCUGGAGUAGUUGGUAAACCUUACAAAUAAUGGUCAAUGAAGAAAGGAUCGAACAGAACGCACACAAUAAAAGUAGAUUUUAUUCUCUCUA